UGUGGGACUGCCAGCCCUGUCCCACACCGCCUCGGGGCCGUCUCCGGGAAAGGGGUAGGGCCGAGGGGACAGUGUGGAGCGUGCGGGGCUGGAGCAGGGCUGUGCGGCCGCCCCACCCGUCGGGGCGGGCUCGGGCAGGCCAGGUGAGGCGGUACCGGCACUGCCUUUCCCUCCGUGUGCAGCGUUCCGGCCGGCCGGCGCUGCGGGAGCCGGCGGUAUGGCGGAGUCCCAGGUGCUGCUGCUGGACGAGCUGCACGUCAAUGAGAAGGUGACGGAUGCCCAGGCCCGUUUCUACUACAGCGAGGAGCAGCGCCGGGCCCUGGAGGCACUGGUGACCCGGGGCGAGGCGGCCUACCGGGAGGCGCUGAGGAAGGAGCAGCUCCGCGACUUUCUUUCCAGCCGGGAGCUACAGGCCCUGCGGAGCGGAUGGCGGGGGUACGACGACCCCGCGGAGGGUGGCAAGGUGGCGCGGGGGCCCGGCGGAGAGACUCUCUCGCUGGCCUACUGGCCUGAGUGCUCGGACACGGAGGUGCCCCCGUUGGACUUGGGCUGGACCGACAAGACCUUCUACCGGGGCAUCAGCCGGGUGGCCCUCUUCACGCACCCCCGCAAGGAAGAGGGUGUGCCGCACCUGAAGGAGGUGGUGCGGGAGAUGAUCCAGCAGGCACAGAAGAUUAUCGCAGUAGUCAUGGAUGUAUUUACAGACCGGGACAUCUUCCGUGAUAUUGUUGAUGCAGCAUAUAAGCGCUGGAUCCCAGUCUACAUAAUCCUGGAUGAGGAGGGUGUGAAGCUCUUCCUGGAAAUGUGCAGAUGCCUUGACCUCAGUGACUUACAGAUUCGGAAUAUCCGUGUACGUUCUGUGACAGGAGUUGGGUUCUACAUGCCAGCAGGGAAGAUCAGAGGCACACUGGCAUCCCGAUUUCUGAUGGUGGAUGGUGAAAAGGUGGCCACUGGAUCAUACAGCUUCACAUGGAGUUCAUCACACAUUGAUAGAAACAUCCUGCUAGUCUUGACAGGACAGCAUGUGGAGAUGUUUGACAUUGAGUUUCGAGAGCUCUAUGCCAUCUCAGAGGAAGUUAAUUUCUACAAGGAACUUGGUAUUGCUAACCCAUUCCUUCUUGGAAUUGGGAAGCCAGGCCUUCGUUCCUCCACUGUGGCUCGCAAGUUCAUUAACCCCAAGUAUGGUUUAGUGGCAGGGGCAACCCGUGGUGAUAUGAUGCUCUGGGCUUCACGACACAAGCAAGAUAAUCAGGGGAACAUAGAAAAGGAGGAAUCAAGUGAGUCAAAGAAACGGUUAAAUCAGUUUCUGAAUGACUUAGUUACAUUGGAGCAAGAGUUCCCAGAAAUUGAUCCACCUCUGGAGAACUUGAACAAACUGAAUUGGAGCCCUCAGAAACUGUUGUCCCGGCUCCACAUGGACCUGAAAAAUAAAUCCAAAUCCAGAGAGUCUAUUCGUGAUGUGAAGAAAGAAGAUGCACAGGCAAAUUCAAAGCAAGGAAAACGGUUUGCCAGUGGGCUUUUCAGUCGCAAGGCCAAACGGUCUCCAGGCUCAAGUAUUGAAGCCAACUCUUUUGCCAGUGAAGGACAUUCUGGAGAAGAUCUUGGGAACAUGAAACUGGAAUAUGAGCAGCUCAGCAUUGGCCAUGCCAGUGUUCGGAGCACUGGAGGCAUCUCAGGUAACAUGGGUCCAAACUCCACUAUGAGCGAUAAAAACAAACAAUCUACCUGUGUGGUAUCUUGAUUGGGAAGGGUUGUCUGGAGAACUGAAGACUGAACAAGCUGGAACAGUAACCUCUUGAUUGCUUUUGAACCCACAGCCAUAUACUUAUGCAGUGGUCUGUAAAGCCACGUCAUGGUCCUGGAUGCACCUGGCACCCCCAGUUAAAGCACAUUUACUGAGUGAAACACAGACUUUGGAUAGUUGGUCCCUAAAAUGAGAGUGGUGAAUGUAUUAGUCCAUAUGUCUGUGUGCACACAUAUUUUAUAUAUAAAAGCAACUGUGAUGACUGGUCUCAGAGCCUGCUCUGUGUCCAGAUAAAUGCAGGACAUUUUCUGACUUUGUUGUGCUGCUACUUAGUCUCUCUAGCUACAGACUGAGAGUGACUGUGUUGCAUUGUUCACUGCAGAAAUGUAUUGGUCUGACUGGCUGGAAGGCUAAAUCCGAGUGAAGUGGCAAAUUCUGGGUGAAAUAAGAAUGUUUACAGACAGCGUAGUAAUCCUUUGUCCACAAGGAGGCUUCCUGUAGAUUCCGGUUGUCACUUACCCACACAGAAAUGAGUGGUCUGGGAGAAGGGUUUACCUAGUGGAGGCCAAAAGAUUAGUAUCUUAACUGUAUAUAGCAGUCAAACAAAGUGAUUUAGCGAGAAUGUAGUAAAGAAUAAAAAUGGAUGUUUAACCUGCAGCUGAGACUGGGUCAAGAGAAAUGCCUUAUAAGGGAGACUGGGCAGGAUCUGGGAGCAAUAAUGGAGCUUUGAGUGGCUGUUACAAAAUCCUGUUUGUUGCUAAUUCAGCAACACUUUACCAUUCAUGGAAACUGAAUGAUUAAGGAGCAGGUCUUUGAGGAUUAAAAGAGGAAGCACAGGAGGCAUACAAGCUUUUCAAAUGUUUCUUUUUUUUUCUUUUUUUAAGUUAACUGUUCCAAACUCUAAAUCAUACCAAACUCAAGAGCUUUAAUCCAUGAGAAGCACUGCAUGCAGUUAGACAAAAGGCCGUCUAAUCUGCUAUCCUGUCUCUGGGAAUAGCCAGUAACAGAUGAUCACAGAAGCAUAAAAUAGAAAGCUUGGAUACAGAGAACUUUCUCUGACACAAUUCUAGCAGUCCAUGGACUUUCUGAACUGGCAGUUCCUUCUGGACCUGGCCUUAAUGAAUGCACUUAGUCCCUUUUUAAGUAAUCCUUUUCUACUUUUGGCCUCCAUAGUGUUCUGUGGCAGUGAACUCUGAGUUUAUUGCAUGGUAUGAAAAAGAAGUGUCAUCAGGCUGUUUUAAUGGUUUUCCUGAUGACCCCUACUUGUUGUCUCCUCGCCAUUUGUGAUUUCACAGAACUCUGUCAUAUGUCCUCAGUCAUCACUUUUUCCAAGUUGCAAGUUCACAGUAUACAUAGCUUUUCAUUAUAUGGGACCUGACUGACACCUCUGUUCUCUUGUUUCCUGGCCCUGUUCCAGUUCUACCCACUAAUAGAGUGUAAAAGUGGGUUGGUUUUGUUUCUUCAGUGUGUAGAUUGAUGUUUCACUCUGCCUUCUUGCAAUCUAAAUUACAUAUUCUGCUGUUGUAUUUAAGCCCUCUUCUGAUACCUAAGAAAAAUAAAUCCAAUUAGGAUUUAUUUAUUUAGGUUCAAGUAGACACCUGAAAACCAACAUACCUGCUUGCCAAAAAAAAAAAACCCAACUAUCCAGACAUCAGAAAAACACAGGUUUAGUUUUCUUUUUGUUUAGAGAAAGCACCCGUGUUUUUCAGUGCACACGGAAUUCACAGCAAAGGCAACUGCUGCACUCCCAACACAGAGCAAGCUGCUCAAAAACUCUUCUUCAAGGUGCUGUGUUGCAGUAGUGGUUGUUACACUGAAACAGCUGUCUGAAAUUGAUGAUAAAGUCUGAUUGAUUGAUUGAUUAGCUGCCUUUCCUGGAAGUAUAUUUAACUUGAAUGGCAAGUAGGUCUGUUUUGCUCUGAGUUUACUCUGUGGGAUGUCCUGAGAAUCUCAAACACCAGAGGUAUUGUGCCCUCUCUUAAACAUACUCAUCCCCUAUCAGUGGGUUAAAUGCUUGCUACUCUAUAGCCAUCUGGGAACAAGUUGUAGUUUUACAGCUGGGUCUGUCAGCUCCUAUUAUCAGCAGUGUUUUAUAAAAUUGUUCCUGGUAAUAAGAGAAAAGAGGUGCUGGAAAUGACACCAUCACUUGUAUUGUAGAAGUAAUUUAAUACAUGACUUAUCCUGUUGGCUUCAGGUUUGUGGCUCAUGUGCCAAAAGCCACUCACUGUAUGCUUGUAGGAUUGUCUAAAAUGGCCUCAUUUUGCCACAAUUCCGUUAUUCUACAGAUGUGUGGGAGAUUUUCUUUAAUUUUUCUUUUCACUCCCUGUAUUUAUUUCACUUUGUUAACAGAGAUCAGAGAGAAAUUUAUCUGGCCAACACUGUUCCAUUUUUUUUUUUGCUCUGAUACGAACAUUGUCAUCUGGUGCUUCCUUGUUCUCCCAGACUUUAAAUGUUUUUAUUUAUUUUUUUAAAUUGUGCAAUAAGUUAAUUAACUAAUUAGUACCAUGUUGAGAUAUAUGGGCAGGUUUUCCAGGAAGUCCUCUAUCUUUUUGUUUUUAUGUCUUUGUUACUUCAUCUGGGGUGGAGUGACUUUAGAAGUAGGCCAGGAGGCUGAUUACACUUGCCCUUCCUUUCCUUCUGUGCUUAUUUAUUAACGUGCUUUAUUUUCUCUUUCCUAUGAUGGAUAUGAGCACACUUUUCUUUAACCUUGUCAACUGACAAGGUCAACUAACAGGAUCUCCUUUCCAGAAAGAUUCUCUCAUCUGGUUUGAAUCUGUUUCAUUUGUCUCAUGCAUCUCUCUGUCUUCAGCUUUGUUGCCAUAGCAGUUCUUGAAAGUAGCAUUCACCUGUUGUUUUUACAUUCCUUCUCCUGUCACAGCACUCAGUCUCAUGCCUUGACUCCAGGGGCUAGUAGAAUUCCUUAGGCUUAUUACACACUACUUAAUUAGUUAAUUUGAGAGAGCGAGCUUGCUUUCUUGCAUGAUAUGUAUCUGCUCCUUAAACUCAGUGUGAUUCUUUGGGGAUGCAUGUAGCCUUGCUGAUCCAGAGUGGAUAUUUCAAACACUGGUGGAACUUGUUCUUCCCUGAAGAUCAACUGAACUUGGGCUGUUUGGCUGCUCCUAUGGCAACAGAUCAGAGUCGGAAUGAGACAACUGCAUUUAUUUGGACUAGUCUUGCUAAUUGUGGUUCUUGAUGAGAGCUAGAAACCUGAGGCUGUGACCUAUAAAAUGAAUCUCUAUCGCUCUUCACAUAAAAUGUGGUUGAUGGUGCUGGGGGGCAGAGGGACAAGGAGUAGUGGUUAUGAACUCUGUUGGAAGUCUUCCAGUAGUGGCUGAAGUACAGCAGUCUUCAAACGAGCUGUCAUUUGGUCCUUGCCCAAGACGCCACCUCUUGCAACCAAGUCACUAUCCUCCCAACGGGGUGGGAAAGAGGAGAGACAUUUGUUAUUCCACUGCCAUUUUAAGGAAUAAGAAUAGCUCUCUUUGGCAUCCUGGACAAUCCCAAGAAGACGCCAGUUCUCCUGAUUUCAUUUACUCUGGCUUGUGAACCCAGGUUUGCUGAUCUUGCUGACAUACCAUGGGGCCUACACUUGUCUGGCUGAAAAACCAUGGGUCCUGGUUUUGAACAGAGAGUAGUGAAGCUGUGAUUUGCAGCUCUUUCUUUCUGGCAUGAAAUGGUGAGUGGUUCUGAAUGAGCCUCUUGGCUGAAUGUGUGCCUUCUGGGUUUCUUUGGUAUGCAUUUGUAUAUUUAAUGUGUAUGUGUCCAGUGAGUUACACUGGAGACGUUUUCUAAGUCAAACAAAUAAACUACUAUGUUACAUUGA